AUGUACCAUAACUUGAACAUGUUCAACCUAUCCUACAUCUUUUUAUGCGCUCUUGCAUUCUCUGCUUUCGCUGCUCCAAUCAAGUAUCCAACUGAAGAAGAAUCGAGAGCCGAGUUGACAGCAGCUGGAAUGACUCAAGCAAGUAUUGAUGGAUUGGAUGCAUUGACUAAAAGAUUCACUUCUGGAUUCCCGUUGGUUCAAUCCAACAAAGAAGCAACAGAUAAAUUCAUUGCUGAAUACACAACUGAUGCUCAGAACUUCAUCAAAUCCAUGCCUGACAAUGAUCAGACCAUCUACAAUAACUAUUUGAAGAAAUAUGGACUCGCUUAA